AUUAGCAAGGCAUCUACAAAAAGAGGCACAGUCUCAGCACAACAAUUCGGAGUUCACAGAAGAUCAAAAGAAAACCAUAGCUAAAAUUGCAACAUGCUUGGAACUGAGAAGUGCAGCUUUACAGUCCACCCAAUCACAGGAUGAAUUUAAGCUUGAGGAUCUGAAGAAGUUGGAACCAAUCUUAAAGAAUAUCCUCACUUACAAUAAGGAGUUCCCCUUCGAUGUUCAGCCUGUCCCACUCAGGAAGAUUUUGGCGCCUGGAGAAGAGGAACACUUGGAGUUUGAGGAGGAUGAUGAGGAAGGAGGUGCUGGAGCAGGGUCUCCAGACUCUUUUCCUGCUAGAGUUCCAGGUACUUUAUUACCCAGAUUGCCAUCUGAACCCGGGAUGACAUUACUCACCAUCAACAUAGAGAAAAUUGGUCUGAAAGAUGCUGGGCAGUGCAUUGAUCCUUACAUCACAGUCAGUGUAAAGGAUUUGAAUGGGAUAGAUCUGACUCCUGUGCAAGAUACUCCUGUGGCUUUGAGGAAGGAGGACACGUAUGUCCAUUUCAAUGUGGACAUCGAGAUUCAGAAACACAUUGAAAAACUAACAAAAGGUGCAGCUAUUUUCUUUGAAUUCAAACACUACAAGCCUAAGAAAAGGUUUACUAGCACCAAGUGCUUUGCUUUCAUGGAGAUGGAUGAAAUUAAACCUGGGGCAAUUGUUAUAGAACUGUACAAAAAACCCACUGACUUUAAAAGGAAGAAAUUGCAACUGUUGACCAAGAAACCACUUUACCUUCACCUCCAUCAAACAUUGCACAAGGAAUGACCCGAGUUGUGAGACUUCUGUGAACUGAACCACGAGUCACGGUAGCUGUGUGUAGUAGCCUUAGCCUUCGAGGGGCGGGAAAACGACUGUAUUGAUGCCAGUAGGUCAGACGGGACCAUCCCACACUGCACGGCACUGCUUCAGGGUCAGGGGCAAGCCCACCAUUCACGUGCAAGAUUUUUUCAGUACCUUCCAGAUACAGGUUUUUCUGAGAGCCCUGAAAUAUGUUGACUGCUUUUCCUAAUUUUGCUGUUCAUCACGUAUCUUAACCGUUACUCUCCUUUUGCCUCAAACUCCACCCAAGGAUGGAGACGGCCCCUCUGCCAAACCUGUAGCAAUAAAGACGGGGCAGGCCUACUCACUGUUUACACCUGCUGUGCUAUUGUAGUUCCUCUCAUCUGCAUUGUGGAGUCCUCCGUAGCGGGCUGGGUGGCAGAAGACCAGCAGAAGGAUGA